CCUCUCGAGUGCACCUGAUACACAAACAGCGUGAUCUCAUUACGAUGACAGGCUUCAUCUGUCAUUGUUGACUCACUGAUACUAUUCAAGAUUCACGGCGCCAUCAAAAGAGCUUAAGCCAUUUUGGUACCAACUAUGACCUUGGAUCCAAUGGAUUCCAUCCGACAUUUUAACAGACAUGGAACACAUUCUACGACUGCGUUCAAUUAAAUUAAAUUAAAAAAAGAAAAUAUGCAUCUUUUUCUUUCUUAAAGGGCAAAAGAGUGGCAAAAAUAAGUUUAAGAAAGUAACUAUUGAUGUCUGUAAGCAGCCGCCCUCUACUGGCUGGAAGCGUUAGUGUAUGGAUUGGCUAGGCGUGUUACUUGCGACGAUACUUGCUGUGAGCUCGAAGUGACCUGCCGGCUCGUUAAGGUCGAGCCGUUCACCAAAUUUCUGGCACCGUUUAAUAGCGAUGAGCGAUUCGCGGCUUCCGUACCGUUAGAAAAGUGACGUUCGCCUCUAGAACAGGAAGCAAGAGUCGCGCUCUGAAGAGUCUGUGUAGGAAUGUUGUGAAUCUCACCUGACCGUGAAGAAUACACCUGACAGGAUGGACGAGGAGACGAUGUGGAAGGAUUUCUACCAUAAGAUCGUAACGGAGAAGGAAGCGAAGGAAAAGGAGAAGCAAGAGGAUUCGGAGCACGAGGCAAGGACGGAGAUUCGAAAAAUGGCGCAUUUCGAAAAGCUGGACGAGCAGCAUCCUUACCUCGCGAUCGCCGCUGCCCGAAUGUGGCAAAAUCCGGAAACGAAGCCGGUGACCACGGCGAGAUUCUUUUGGAAAUUCGCUGCGUUCAACUUCAUUCAUAAAAGAGUUCAAGAGUCUGAUGGUGGUUUCUUUGAAAAUCUGGGCACGCUGUUGGCCGAGAAGGUGCGGGCACAGGAACAGGCGGAAGGACCGCUUCCAAAGAAAAAAGAUGAGGUCCAGGAAGCGGAAGAGGAGGACGAUUUGAGCGAGGAGAGUAGCAUCGAGGAGCCUGUCGAUGCACUCUUAGAAACCGACAGCGACAGGGAUGAAAACGAGCAUGCCACGAAUUUCUUGGCUGAAUCCAUGGGCUGGAACGUGAGUGGCAAUUAUUUACUAUGUAUUUUGUGAACAUGUUUCUAUUGAGU